UUAAAAAUCAGUUAAGUAUAAGACGUUUUAUAAAAAGUUUUUCCAGUUAAAGUUAAUUUGGUUAUUAAGCUCGUGGGACAGACCAAAAUUUACAGUGGUAAUGACAAAAGUAGAAAAGACAAAGGAAUGGUCACGAUCGCAAAUAUGUCUUCCAAAAGAUAAUUUGAAAACAGAAGGUCUUCUACGGGCGCAGAGGCAUGUAAUGGUAUCGACUAUUGAGACUUGCGACGUACCGUCUGGAAUGUCGUGGCUCCUUGGUAUGGAAUAUGGACGAAUUUGGCUAAGAGAUCGUAAUGAGUUUUUGCAGAAACUUGCCGAUUCCGUAAAGAGCAAAGUUAUAAUGCAUGACUACGAAUGGUGGCUAAAGCAAAGAAAUACCAACAAAUGCGCUUCUGGGCGAUGAGUUGCAGCAUUUGUAAAGAAAUUCUACCUUUCAUCAUCCUCAGCUGUGAAUUCAAAUGCUGAGAAAUUUCACAAUCCAUGGAUAGUUAUUAUUUUUUUUUUUAGUCCAAAUUAAAAAUUUAACAGAAAUAUAAUUAUAGCAUUUGAUAAUUAAUAAAGCACUGGAUACUUA